GUGAACUGACACACUUCUGGACAGGUGGCUAAGAAGGAUUUAGGAACUGUGUUUUCUUCGGCAUUAGCAGAUAAGAACAUGUAGAAUUCCGUACGCUCGACGGAAAGCGGCGCAUGUUGCAUUCGUGUUGCCGACAGUGACCGUGUAGUGUAAGCUGUCAGUGACACUUGACAGUGUUAGUUGAUGAGUGGACACAUGCAUGUCAUAAAAGUGGCAGUUCAGUUAUAAGCGGGAUUUUUGCUCUGCUGGCAGAAGGUUUACGUACUCCUUCCACAAGCAGCCUAGUGAAUUCUCAGCGAUGAUUGACAGUUAAUCGCUGCCCAUGCCUAUGACAGAUCUCUGCACACCAGGUGGAAACUAACGCAACCCGACAAUGAAGUUCGCAGAGCACCUCGGAGCUCACAUCACGCCAGAAUGGCGCAAACAGUACAUUCAGUAUGAGGCGAUGAAGGAGAUGUUGUAUGAAGCCACAGAGUCUGCUCCAUCUCCAGAAGUGACUGACCAAAGUACUAUACAGAGAUACUUUGCAAGGUUUGACGAGCGCUUCUUCCAAUACUGCGACAAAGAGCUGGCCAAGAUCAACACGUUUUUCUCAGAAAAAAUGGCUGAAGCUUCCAGAAAAUAUGCCAACCUCCAAACGGAGCUUCAGAGCUUCUCCGAGCAGUCUGCCAUGCGCAGCAGCUCUAAAGAAAACGCACGAGCGGAUGGGAUUAGAAACCGGCGCUCCAGCGUGUAUACGCUCUUCAAAGAUCGCUCGGAAAGCAACACUGUUGCCAACGGACGCAAACUCCACGACCUCAAACUGGCCUUCAGUGAAUUUUACCUAAGCCUGAUCCUCUUACAGAAUUAUCAGACGCUCAACUUUACAGGAUUCAGGAAGAUUUUAAAGAAACAUGACAAGUUGAUGCAGACAGAGAGGGGGACAGAAUGGAGGCAGGCACACGUGGAGACAUCUCGAUUUUACACCAGUAAGGAGGUGGACCAUAUGAUCAAGGAGACUGAGCAAGUGGUGACCACUGACCUUGAGGGUGGGAACAGACAGAAGGCUAUGAAGAGACUGAGGGUGCCUCCACUGGGGGAUGAGCAAAACCCCUGGACGACAUUCCGAGUGGGGCUGUUCUCAGGGAUAUUUGGGGUUCUACUUGUUGUCAUUGUUGUCGCAGCUAAUUUCACUGAACAUUCCGAAACGUGGGAAGCAGCUUUACGAAUGUAUAGGGCGUUUCUUAUUAUCCUAAAAUGCUUUUUACUGGGAAUCAACACAUAUGGCUGGAGAUCAUCUGGGGUCAACCAUGUUUUGAUAUUUGAACUUGAUCCCAGAAAUCAUCUGUCCCACCAACAGCUUUUAGAGGUUGCCACCUGUCUAGCAGUGAUCUGGGCAAUAAGUGUCCCUUACCUCUUCAGUGCCUUCAUCUACAUCCCUGUGUUCGCCAGCCCGCUCGCGCUGGCUUGUCUACUGGUGCUUUUCCUACUGAACCCCAUCCACAUUUUACACUUCAGAGCCAGGAUGUGGCUCCUCAAAGUUCUGUGUCGCAUUUUCACUGCUCCCUUCCACCAUGUUGGCUUCGCUGAUUUCUGGCUGGCAGAUCAGCUGAACAGUCUGGUGACGGUACUUCUGGACUUUGAGUACUUGGUGUGUUACUAUGCCUUCGAAGUCAAGUGGCACGGAGGACAGAGUGAAGCUGUGUGCACAAAGAAUGUAUAUGGCCAUGCAAUCCGUGGCGUCGUGGCCUGCUUGCCUGCCUGGUGGCGUUUUGCUCAGUGCCUUCGCCGUUAUCGUGAUACCAAACUCGUCUUCCCCCAUGUGGUGAAUGCUGGGAAAUAUUCUACCACAUUCCUCGUUGUGAUAUUUGCAUAUUUGUACAAGCACCAUGUAGACACAAAUGAAGAGACUCGGCAAAACAAUGCAUAUUUCUACCUGUGGAUUGUGUCUGCGGUCAUCAGCUCAUGUUACACCUUUACCUGGGAUAUCAAGAUGGAUUGGGGGUUGUUUGACGAAGGUGCUGGGGAUAACAAGUUCCUGAGGGAGGAGAUUGUUUAUGCCUAUAAAAGUUACUAUUAUUUUGCAAUCAUAGAGGAUUUCAUCCUGAGGUUCGCCUGGUCUCUCAACGUUUCUGUCGGGGAGGGUAUAUUCCACAGCGAAAUUCUCUCUACAAUCCUGUCAUCAUUUGAAGUGUUCAGGAGAUUUGUCUGGAACUAUUUCCGUCUGGAGAACGAACACUUAAAUAACUGUGGUCAGUUCCGAGCGGUGCGCGACAUCUCCAUAGCACCCAUCGAUUCCAACGAACAAUCUCUUUUGGAAGAAAUGAUGGAUGAUGUUGAUGGGACGAACACCAGGCGGACGGACAGACGCAGGUUCAUAGGAAAGAAGAAGAAAGAAUCCAGAGUAUGGAUUGACGAUGACAGAACGAACUAUUGGGAAACCUGAAGUGAAGAAUGUCUAACAAAGUAGCCCGGCCAGAGGUGCUCCUACGAUUUCAGUUUGUAAAUGGUAAACACUGGACCUCUGGUUGUCAUAUAAAUAUGAGUCGAGUCUGUUCCAAGGUGCCAUUAUGGACUGUACUAGCCAAAACAAAGCUGUUCAAGUCUUGACACACUUUUGCUCUCCUCUAAGUUUAAAACGUACAGCCGAUGUGGAAAAAGAAUUUGCCUGUACACAAAUACACCUGUAUGUGUAUCUGUAGACAAAUACACCUAUAUGUGUAUUUGUACACAAAUACACCUACAUGUGUAUCAGGCAUGCCAAGGGCCACUGUCACAUGUGCAAGACUUCAUAAGCAUAAAGCCUUGAGUAGGUCUUACACGUGUCAUUAAGUUGGUUGUUGGGUCAGAUUUUUAUGGUACUGUACCUUUUAACAGGGCUAUCCAUUUGAGCAAAUUUAAACUUUUGCAAAUUUAACUCUUUUUUUUUUUUUAAAUGUUUUUUUUAGGCUAGAAAGUUUUAAAGCACGUGAUUUCAUGAGACAAGUUGUAAAAAAACUGAAUUAUUUUACAUUGUUUUGUGAAAAUGUGUUGAGGGUAAUAAGAGAGUAGCUGAUUGAAUGUGGAAGCUGAGGAGCUUAGGAUGCCGUGUUACUGGCAGACACUGCUCCUGGCUCUAUAUAAUGUCAGUGUUAUAAUUCUAUCCAACAGCAAACAUUUUUUAAAAAACUCGCGCAAAAAAGAGUUUACGUUUGUUACAUGUACACGUAAGUUUUAAGAGCUGAGCUUAAAAAUUUUUGUGAGAAAAAAAGAAUUUCAUCAAAAAAGGAGGUUCCUUUGGAUGAGAAGUUUUGUAGAAUUCCAGCGUAUGAUUUGUUUUA